GCUCACAGGUCAGGCAAAGCAUGGCCCCUAGUGACCAGGAGGUUGAAGAUGCGCUUGAAGCUUGGGGCCGCGAUGAAACCUGGAGCGAAGAUGGGCCUUGGCCAAGCUGGCAGGGAACGCCGACCUCAAGGCUGAAAGGCUCCAAGGACAGCACCUGUCCCAGUGAAGCCGAGAAGGAUGAUCGAAGGGUUGCAUCGAUGCAGCGAUCUUCCAGCCAUGUGCAGCUCCGACCGACGAGCGAGCAGAGCUCCCGACCCAAAAGCCAGCAAAGCUCCCGGCCAAAAAGCCAGCAGAGUUCCCAUUUCGCAAGCCCAGCUGGGAAAACUAUGACGCAGCGCUUUUCAGCGGACGAGCUUCAAUGCUUCAAGCGCAUUCCGGAGCCAUCUUCGAAUUUUCACCAGAAGACCCAGGCGUACUGGCACUCUGUAGGGGAGCUGCGCCAGAAUCUGUCCAAGCACAACUGGCACAUGCUGCCAGUACUCAAGGGUCAGUUCUUCCAGCACCCCAAGCUGAAGCACAGCUUAGCAGGGCCAACGCCGGCCGAGAAGGAGAAGGCCCGUGAGAAGGCAAAGCGCCUGCUGGCAGAGAAGAAGAAGCCAGAUGAGGUCGAGGCGCUGGCGAACGAGCCGUUUGUAAGCGAGGUGCUGGACCGCAUCUUUCCGCGGAACCCACGGGGCUUUGAGGAGAGCCCCCGGCCUCGGCCCCGGCGGACCUCCAUGUUGGAGUCGUACUCCAUGCGGCGUCAGUCCCUGACCCCGAGCAGCCUGGGGGCUUUGGGCGGUGCGCCGGGCGCGGCACGGGUCCGCGAGUCCUCCAGCAGCCCGGGCCGCGGCAGCCGGGCGCCGCGCGUGGUGACGCGCACCGCCAUGGAGGAGUUCCGCGUGAAGAUCCUCGAGAAGUUCACCACCAUCAAGGAGGCCUUCGAGACCUUCAUGAAGGACUUGCCCGACCGGCAAAUCACGAAGCUGGAGCUUUCUCGCGUUCUAGCACGACAUGGCUUCGAGUGGCAGUCCAAGCAAAUCCGCGACACAAUUUUCGACCGCUUGGACUUCAAGUCCAUUGGCCGCGUUACAAUGGUCGGCUUCUACGUCAUUGUCGAAGCUUCUGCUCCUGUACGAAACGUCGAGGAUUUGAGGCGCAGGUGGCUAGCAAGCCGGUUUGGCUCUAUGAACCAGGCAAUCAUGACUAUGGUGGACAAUUCCACGGUGGCUUUGACGAAUCGGCUCACGCUGCAAGAGUUUGGCAGCCGGUUGCAGCUGGUGAGCGUGAAUGAUCCGGAGGAACAUCAGGCGCUCUUCAAUGCUUUGUGCAGCGGUGGCCGGAUUACUGUGGGGGACCUUGCCAGUGCCAUCUCGGUGGUGUCUCCCUGCUUGUUGCUAGAAGAUCUCCGCGACAGGCUGCAGAAGCGCUAUUCUGGGGACUUCAAGAAGGCAUUUGCCGACUUGGAUCUGGACCGCAGUGGUUCUCUGAGUGAGCAUGAGUUUGUGGUCAAGCUAAUGGACCGCUUGCAUCUCACCGAGCGGGAGGCGGCCAAAAUGUUUCGGGAGAUUGAUGUGGAUGGCUCUGCUGAGAUUUCCCGCAAUGAAUUCAUCUCUGCAAUCGGCUUGUCCGAGCCAUCGCUAUUCUUGGAGGACCUUCGCAAGAAGGUUAGGCAGAGAUUCCGCAGUUUCAAAGCGCAGUUUGCGGAUGCAUUUGACAGCGCGCUGAAUGAGUGUGCCGCUGCACCACGCCUCUUGCUGAAGAAUUUCCAGGAACUCUUGCUGCCACUCUCCAUGAGUGAGAAAGAGACAAAGGUUCUCUUCAAUCUGAUUGACAUCGACCACGACGGCCGGCUCUCCAUCCGCGAGUUCGUGCGUGGUGUCCGGCACUUUGCUCCAGCGUCAGUAUUGGAGGACCUGCGCGUGCGCUGCUGCCAGCAGCAUGAUAGAAUCACCGACCCCUUCGUCGACCUGGACCACAACAAAGUGCUGGACAGCUUGGCCUUUGCCAAGCAGAUGCUGGACAUUGGGCUUUGCGAUGGCAAGGGUGCAGAUCCACGACUGGCAGAGCUUCAGCCAGGGGUCCCGGCCCAGGCGCUCUUUGACAUUUUGGACGUUGCCAACAACGGGGAAGCGACUUUCGGGCGUUUGCUCGCGGCGCUGCAGUCCUGUGGGGCAGGGACGGCCGCCCGGCUGUCGCCGAUGGAGCUGGACAUGCGCGCCAGGAACGACGUGAAGAACGACCUGGCGGCCAUGCACAAGCUGGCGAGCGAUGUGAAGUUGCAGGCGCGCCAAGGCAUGAAGUUCACCGAGGAUGCGCUGGAUGGGAACGAGUGGAAGGUCGGUCCUCGCAUUGUCGAUGCGAUGCUGGAGCAUGUGGAUGCCGACUUUGAUGUCCCGGUUGACACCGAGGAAGGCUCGCCCAGGCCCAAAUUCCAAGGGCCUCCCAGACUCAAAAUGUUGCUCAACGAAGACGUCUUAAGGCAGUACCAGAACCAGCGGGCCGCAAAGCCAGUGGUACAAAUCAAGCGGCCCAUACAAAAUGCUGCUCACGGGACUUCAGAUUCUUGGUCCCGAUUCUGGACAUGCGUGCAGCGAAGCCCCAAAAAGCACGAGCACCAGAAGUUGGAAGAGAACCUGCAGGCAUACUUUCAGACAACUGCUAUGAAGUUGUCGCAGGAUGGGCCGCUCGUGCAUGGCACAGAGCAGAGACGGUGCCCCGACCCAUUCCUCAGCAAGUCUCACCUGACAGAACAUGUCACCUCUUAGCUCAGCUCUUUGGAGUCCUAUGGUUUGCCUCACCCUUGUGAACAAAGGUGGGGAUGCGCCAUCCCCGAUCCGUUUCACCACACAUUCUCCAGUUCUUGAUCACUGCAGCCGUAGCCUCCCUGAGUUUUCACCCGGGUGUAAGAUAUCGUCGAACCAGGGCCUACAGAGCUCAUCGCCAAGUCACAUGAGGCAGACUCA